AGCGCGCCUCGACCGCACAUCACUACUCGACACUCGCGUCAAAAUUGGCGCGAAACGUAUUUCUUUUUUCAAACUUUUUUCUUCUUAUUCGAAUGUUUUAUGUCAUGUUGUGAAUUGUAGUUGUUUUUAUAUGGAAAAUUGUUUAAGGAGUUUCUAGUGAAAGAGUUGUGUCGUGAUAAAAAAAAAAUGAAAACUUUUUUGUUUAUAUUUUUGGCGGGGUACGCUGUGAGGUGCGAUGAUUUGAACUACUACGUGGUCCAGAUGCCAGAAAAUGACGUACCCACCAAGGAGUUCAACAUAUACUGGAACGCGCCCACAAUGCAGUGCAAAUCCAAAGGCAUUCUUUUCGACGACCUGUACGAAAAGUACGGAAUUAUUCAGAACACAGGCGAUACAUUUAGAGGGGACAGAAUCUCCAUACUUUAUGAUCCUGGGGACUUCCCUGCGUUACUAAGAAAUAGUACUAGUGGCGAAAUUAAAUAUAGAAACGGUGGAGUACCUCAGGAAGGGGAUUUGAUAGAACAUCUGGAUACGUAUCAACAAGUUCUGGAGCAAAGUAUACCUGAUAAGGAUUUUAGUGGUGUUGGAAUUAUAGACUUUGAGUCAUGGCGGCCGGUGUUCCGGCAGAACUUCGGGGACCUGACUCCGUACAAGGACAUGUCCUAUGAGAUAGAGAAGCAGAGACACUGGUGGUGGAAGAAGGAGUGGAUACAGGAGGAGGCUAAGCGUCGUUUCGAGGCAGCUGGUCGAGAGUUCAUGCAGGCAACGCUGGCGCUGUCGAAGAAGAUGCGGCCCCGAGCUAUAUGGGGGUACUAUGGGUUCCCGUAUUGUUUCAACAUGGCGUCCAACAAUAUGAAGGAGACCUGUGCCGAUAAAGUGCCUCAGGAGAAUGAUAGGAUAAGUUGGCUCUGGCAGGAGAGUACAGCGCUGUACCCCUCGGUGUACAGCUCAGCGAGUCUGACCACACGACAGCUGGCUGCCCUCAUCCGUGGCAGAGUGAAGGAAGCUGCCAGGAUGGUCCGGGGAGGGGCGCCCAUACUGCCUUACUUCUGGUACCGGUAUAGGGACAGUGGGUUCUUGAAUAAGACCGACUUGUAUGUAGCCUUGAACACGUUUUAUAAAUCAAACGCAUCAGGGUUCAUCAUAUGGGGCAGUUCCAAUGACGUGAACACAGUAGACAAAUGUAAUCAACUUAGAGCAUACGUAACUAAUAUAUUAGGACCUGCAAUAGCUAAAUAUACUAAACAAAACAUGAGACAAGGAGACGAUCCAGAAGUAAUACUAGGAGCUAAUUCUAAUCCAAAUAAUUCUACUACAUUUGAUCCAGAAUUCAACUGGAUCCCACCAGAAAAUUAUACACAAACUAUAGAAGAAAUUGUAGAUAAAGAACUUAAAGAGGAGAAGGAGAUAGGACAUAAGAAUGUUACAGAAAGUAUUCUAGUUGAUAUGAUAUUGAAUAAUAUAGCUGAUAGCUGUGGCGAUGGCUGUGAUAGUGCAAGUAAAGAUAUACCGACUGAUGUUAAAGAAGAAGAUACAGAUGUAAUAGAGAUGAAAGGAGAUGAAGAUAGUGCAACAAAUGAGUCUCAAGUUGUAGUAGUUACUGAAGAUCCUUUUAAGAAGAAUUCCAGUGUGAUUACAGGGACUGCCUCAACUACAACAGAAGAGUACUCUUACGACUACGAUGUAACUGGUCCAGAAGAUAUAAAUGUUGAAGAUGUAGUUGAAAAUGUUGAAUAUAGUGAUAUUAGUACAACUAGCAAAGAUAUAGUAACUGUUAGUACAACUGCUAAGAGUAUUGAAGUAUAUAUUACAACUAGUGCUAACUCGGAGGCAAGUACUUAUAGUGUAAGUAGAGAAGAUACGACAGAAAGAAAAGAAGAAACUAGUACACAAAAAGCAAGUACUACUGACACAGAAGACUUCACUUUGAGAAGUGAACAAAAUAAUGCCAUAGAGUUAAAUAUAGAAGAAAACAGUAUAGAAAGUAGUACUGUUUAUCCAACUAAUGCCAGUACCACAGAAUUUAGUAUUAGUACUUAUAGUACAACUAGUCCUAAUGAAGAAGAGGCUACAAUCGAAAAUGAACUUAAUUCGACUGAGAAUAAGACAGAUGAUACUGUGAGUGAUAGCAGCACAACGUUGGCACCAGUGUCGACAGAACAGGUGUUGGGGUCUGUAUCCAGAGGUAUCGUCGUAAAGCCGAUCGUGUGCACUCUAUUCUUUAUCUACUCUGUGACCAAAUGUCUCUGUUUUAUAUUUGAAACGUGCUAAGGUAGUGGCUAACGAAUGCAAUUUUAAACCUUGAGUUUUUACCACGAAAGUACAUUUUACUUUCAUGUUGAGUUUGGAUUUAGGAUCUAUUUUAAAUAUUUGUUUAAAAGAAAUCUGUUUCUAUUGUUGUAUAGAGAUAUGUUCUUUAUAAUGAUGGACAGAAGGUUGAUAUUACGUUACAUAUUUUUAUAUGAAUCUCCUUAAUCGAAUAUUUUUCUACGUCUUUAGGUAUAAAAUAGAAAUAGAAAUCAAACCAUCACGUAUUAUUAAAUAUUAUUAUAGUUUUUUUUAGCGGAAAUAAUUUCGAACUUGUACUUAUUUUAUACAUGCCAAAAUAACAAUCAAUAUUGAACUCUGUUGCAAAAUCAAAUGGUUGAAAAUUAAACAUAAACACGAGUCGAUAUCAAACUGAAAUAUUUGAGAUUUAUUAGCACAUAAUAACCUAUUCAUGUAUGUAUUUGUAUAUAAAACUAAAUGUCUCACAACGGGUAUAAAUAAAUAAAAAACAAA